AUGGAGGACACCGCCAAGACUGGUCUCUUUGAGAAGGAUGGCGUGAGGGUAGCCAUCGAAGGCUGCGGCCACGGCACCCUCAACGCAAUCUAUGCCGCCGUGACCGCCGCCUCCCACGCCCGCGGCUGGCCCGGCGUCGACGUUCUCAUAAUAUGCGGGGACUUCCAGUCCACCCGCAAUGGCCACGACGUCGAGGUCAUGUCGGUCCCUGCAAAGUACCGCGUGCUCGGUGACUUCCACGAGUACUACUCCGGGACUCGCACCGCCCCGUACCUGACCCUCUUCAUCGCCGGUAACCACGAGGCCGCCGCAUACCUGUGGGAGCUCUAUUACGGCGGUUGGGUUGCCCCAAACAUCUACUACAUGGGCGCAGCCAACGUACUGCGUGUUGGCCCGCUGCGGAUCGCUGGGCUGAGCGGGAUCUGGAAGGGAUUUGACUACCGCAAGCCGCACCUGGAGAGGCUUCCGUUCAGCAGGGAUGACGUAAAGUCUUUCUACCACGUCAGAGAGUUUGAUGUGCGCAGGCUUCUACAGAUCAGAGAGCAGGUGGAUGUUGGGCUGAGCCACGACUGGCCCAGGGGCGUCGAGAAGCACGGUGACGUGCAGCAGCUGUAUCGCACCAGGCCCAUGUGGAAGGAAGAGAGCCUGGAUGGGUCAUUGGGUAGUCCUGCGGCCGAGUAUGUCAUGGACCGGCUGAGGCCUGCGUUCUGGUUCUCAGCACACAUGCACUGGAAGUUCACUGCUCUUAAGACGUACCCUCAUCCUUCCCAGGCUGUCGGCUUGGACGGCACAGCUGAGACGGUGCCAAUUGUCGAGGCAUCGACUGCUCGUCCAAAAGAAGACGCACCGGUUGAGAACCCCAACGAGAUUGACCUGGAUAUGGACGACGACGAAGACAGCGCACCUCCCGAACAGAAUGAACAGGUAGAGGCCACCGCCGCUGCCACGGCCACAGAUGACCUUCGCGCCCAGCUCCCGGCCUCAUUCACACAACAGCCAAAGCCAAAACCCUUCGCGGGACCAAAACGCACGCCAGGCCAGCCUGUUCCGCCGACGAUAACCAACACGACCGUGCGCUUCCUCGCACUAAACAAGUGCGAGCCGGGUCGGGACUUCCUACAGCUCUGUGGCAUCCACCCUGUCGACGCGCCCACCGUCGACGAACCUUCACAGCCGAAGAGCAGCGCCUUGCCCUACCAGGGCCGCUUCUCGCUGCAAUACGACCGAGAAUGGCUCGCCAUCACACGCCACUUCCACCAACACCUCACCAUCGGCGACAGGACGGCCCAGGUAGCCGCGGACGAGGGCGAGGAAGCCUACGCGCCCAAGCUCGCCCAGGAGCGCGCUUGGGUCGAUGACAACGUCGUGUGCGUGGGCAAGCUGGCCGUGCCGCACAACUUUUCCCGGACGGCGCCGGCACUCGUGGACGGCGCCGACGAGAAGCUGUGGGAGCUACACUCGGGGACCCAGCCGCGGGAGCACACCAACCCGCAGACGGUGGCAUUCUGCGCCCUACUGGGCGUUGAGAACCUGUGGGACGCGAGCGAGGAGGAGAGGGAGCGACGCCGACAGGAGGGCCCGCCGCCCGAGGCGGACAGAGGCGACUGGGGCUUCAGAGGCGGGCGCGGUGACACGGCUCACAACCCUACACGAUUGUCAUGA